UAUACAUCUACCAGCAACUAUCUACUUCAUAGCCCAGCCGAAGCAGCCGUCUAUUUACAGCUGCCCAGCAGCCCCAGCAAGGACAGGACCUGUUUCAUGCUUGAUUGUCUUGUAGAAAGAUAGAUGAGUACGUGUUGAAUAGUAGAAUGAUGAAAUAUAUAUAUAUAUCAAUUACUGGCAUCUGGACUAUGAUUCAAUAGCAUUAGAGCUUCCCGCCUGCUCCCUGUCGCUAUGAUAUCAUCCCGCCCUCCACGCAGCAAACAUGUACCAACUAUACAUCUACCAGCAGUCAGUCCACUACGACUGCACUAUUCAAACAGUCCAAUUGCUAUAGAAAUCACAUAUUCAAAGUCCAAUUGCUAUAGAAAUAACAAGUGACGAUGGGAUCCAACGACGGACCGCUGUACAUCGGCUUCGACCUGUCAACGCAGCAGCUCAAGGGCCUCGUCGUCUCGUCCGAUCUCAAGGUCGCCUACGUCGCCAAAUUCGACUUCGACAGCGACUCGAGAGGCUUCGCCGUCACCAAGGGCGUCCAGACAAAUGAAGCCGAGAACGAAGUCUUUGCCCCCGUUGCCAUGUGGCUGCAGGCGCUGGACGCCGUGCUACUCGAUCUCAAGCAGCAAGGGCUCGACUUUGGCAGAGUGAAGGGCAUCAGCGGCGCCGGACAGCAGCAUGGAAGCGUCUACUGGAACGAGUCUGUCGAGCAGAUACUGGGCAGCCUGGACGAAGAGAAGACGCUGGAGGACCAGUUACAAGCUGCUCUGUCUCAUCCGUACAGUCCCAACUGGCAGGACGCCAGCACGCAGCGGGAGUGCGACGAGUUUGAUGCCUUUCUAGGGAGCGAAGAAGAACUGGCGAAGGUUACGGGGAGCAAGGCUCAUCAUAGAUUUACUGGCCCUCAGAUAUUGAGGUUUCAGAGGAAGCAUCCUGAUGCAUAUCGGAAGACGGCCAGGAUAUCUCUGGUUUCGUCCUUUUUGGCUUCAGUCUUCCUGGGAAGAGUGGCGCCGUUCGAUAUCUCAGACGUCUGUGGCAUGAAUCUAUGGGACAUACCCUCAAACCGAUGGAACGAGAGUCUGCUCAGGUUCUGUGCUGGUGACGCCGGGCCAGAGCAGCUGAAGAGGAAGCUCGGAGACGUACCGCACGAUGGAGGCGAGGAGCUGGGUAAAAUCAGCAGCUACUUUGUCAAGAGACACGGCUUCCAUCCAGACUGUGUCAUUACCCCGUUGACGGGAGAUAACCCGGCUACUAUACUUGCCCUGCCACUGAGACCGUUGGACGCCAUGGUAUCACUGGGGACAUCGACGACCUUUCUCAUGUCAACUCCGCAGUACAAACCUGAUCCGUCAACGCACUUCUUCAACCAUCCAACUACUCCUGGAUUGUACAUGUUUAUGCUCUGCUACAAGAACGGGGGCCUUGCUCGUGAGCGGGUGAGAGACGCCAUCAACGCAAAAUUAUCAGACGGAACCAAAGACACAGAUGUCUCGAACCCCUGGAACAACUUUGACAGAAUACUGCUGGAUACUCCUCCAACCGGCCAGAAGGCAGACUCCGACCCGAUGAAGAUGGGCCUCUUCUUCCCACGGCCAGAGAUUGUGCCCAAUCUUCGAGAAGGAGAAUGGCACUUCAACUAUACCCCUGGCAAGACAGACGUAGACCAGCAGCUCAGGGAGACAGACACAGGCUGGAACCAUCCAUUUGACGGCGCCAGGGCCAUCGUCGAGAGCCAGUUCCUCUCCCUCAGGCUGCGGUCAAGGGAGCUCGUCCACAGCCCAUCAGACAACAAGGACAUCCCGCCGCAGCCACGACGAAUCUACCUUGUUGGCGGCGGCUCUCGCAAUGCCGCCAUCGCCAAAGUAGCCGGGGAAGUGCUCGGCGGCAUCGAAGGGGUGUAUAAGCUGGACGUGGGCGAGAAUGCGUGUGCGCUGGGAGCAGCAUACAAGGCCGUCUGGGCGCUGGAACGAGCACCGCAGCAGACCUUUGAGGACCUGGUCGGGCAGAGAUGGAGGGAAGACGAGUUUGUCGAGCGGAUAGCUGAUGGCUACCCGCCGGGCGUCUUUGAGAAGUAUGGCCACGCCGUCAGGGGCUUUGAGAUGAUGGAGAAGCAGAUCCUCCAGGCGGAAACUAAGAAGUAACUCCUGCUAUGUACUUAUCUGGCCAUCUAUCAGUGUCAUUACCCAGCGGUUAAUCCGUGUGUAUCGCUGUUAAACGGCCAAUAUCAAUCGGUCUUCCAUGUAGAGCAUCCCCUUGUAUAUGCCCCGUAACAGAAUAAUAACCGCCCAAACACCCACUUAUUACCCUUAUAUAUGAGUCUCCUCCCGACCAACAGCUUC